AUGGUCUCGCUCUCUCUCAUACAAUCUAAUACACAGAUCAUUGUUAACAAUGGGAAGAAUACUAGUUUCUGGGAUGAUUGCUGGUGCACCGCAAUUCCUCUUAAACUAAAAUAUCCUAACCUUUGGAAGAUAUGCAGAAGUAAGCAGGCAACAAUUAGUGAAAUCGUCUCUUUUGUUCAUUCUCAAUCGGCUUGGAGCUUAGGUUUCUCUCGCAAUCUCAAGGAAGUAGAGGUAAAUGAGGCGGCACAGCUGUUAGAUAAUAUUGGAAAUCCAGAGCUAAAUGAAGAUCAAGAGGAUUCUAGAGUAUGGUUACCUUCUAAAACAGGUAAUUACUCAUCUAAAUCUUGUUAUGAAAUUCAAUACAUAAAUGAGCAGAAUACCACUGAGAAAUUUACCAAGUCGAAGCUUAUUUGGAAUGAGGUGGUGCCUACUAAGGUGUCUUUUUUUAUUUGGUCGACACUUUGGAAUGCCGCGCCAACCAUGGAUAAUCUGGUGAGAAGAGGGGUUCUCCCACCGUUAACAAACCAAGCUUGUAAUUUCUGUGGCAGUUGUCAAGAAACUACAAACCACCUCCUUCAUCACUGCUCCUAUUCGUAUACUGUUUGGGCAUACUUCCUUGAAUUUCCUAAUGUUUUAUCUGUUGUUCCUUCCUCUACGGCUGUCUGUUUAAACACGUGGAGAAGGAAAUGGGAAGAUGAGAGACAUCACUUCAUCUGGAACAACUUACCUUAUGCUAUUUGGUGGGCAUUGUGGCUGGAAAGAAAUAGAAGGCGCUUCCAUAACACAUCUGAAAGUGCAGCCAACACGAUAAUCAUUGUUAAAGCUUUGUUGUACCAAUGGGCUCUUCCAACACAAAUGUUCAAGGGAUUAUUCUUUGAAGAUUUAGUACAUAAGUGGGCACAGAAGAUCUAUAACAUGCAUUUGUAG